UGUGUAUUCAUUUGAAUGGUUCUGAACGUAAAUUCACCUAGAAAGAGCUAGCUAGACAUUUUUUUUGGUAAAGUUUAUAUUUGUUUACAGCUCUUUUCUUAAUAGUGGAAGUGGACAUAGCAACAUUUCAGAUGACAGUCAAGUACAUUCGCAAAAUGUGACGGUUGGUAAUUAUUACAUUGUGUCUCUUACUAUGGCCUCUGGAAGUCAUUAUGGGCAAGGCAGAGAAUUCCACAAGCUCAACCAGGAAAAACCAAAUGGAUUCCUCCAUCAGAUCAGCAUGCACUCUGCAGCUGACAAGAACAUGAAGGAGGUGGAUUUUUUAAAUAAGGAAGAAAUAGAUAAAGAGAGAUUCCCAGUGAGUCGCGGUGCACACCAUUCCGGCAAAGCGAAACGAGUGUCUGUAUGCUACAAGAGGAAGUCGUCGUCGCGUGUCAGCGUGGUGGUGAGCUCCGGCGUGCGCCACGCGGCGCCCCCCGCAGGCCGGGCUGUCUGUGACAUGGCCAACAAGGAGAAUGAGCUGACCUGCCAAGAGGAAGUGCAGGCCAUACACUACAAUGACAACUACGGGUUCCCCGUGAACACCACCACAGAUGCAGGCUCCAAAAUGGCAGGCCAGGGAAACAAAUAUAGUGAUUACUUCACUGAGCUAUCAAAGGACCAUGAUGCAAUGACAGAUGUGCUUUUUGGAAGGAAUCUCAGGCUUAAUGUAGCUUUGACACUAUGGCGAAGAAAUGCUAGCGAACUAGUGGCAUACUUAAUCAGAAUUCAAGACAUUGGUGUGCUUCUUGACUGCCUACCUGUUAUAACGAAGAAUCUUCAAGACGAAGCUCCGUGUAUUUCAUUGGGCUGUUGUGUAGACCUCCUUCCACAAGUGAAAUUGAUCAUCACCAGUAAAUAUGAAGAACACUUGAUUAUAGGUUUACACUGGGUUCAGUCCGUCAUUAAGAAAUGGUGGCCAGAACUCUCUACAAACGGCAAGAGCCUGCGGGACAGAAGCUCGGAGGACAAGAACCUCCAGGUCAUGAAGCAGCAGCUAAAGGAGAUGUGGGAGGAAGGACCCAGGUUAAGUUUGGUUCCCGGGACUACAGGAGAGAUGGCAAAAGCCAUUGAGUCCUACUUGACACAACUGCGCUGACCAAUCUGUCAACCCAGCACUGAGGACACGACCACUGCCACUGGACAGAGCUGUGUUUGAACCAUACCUCAACGAAAAAACAUUUCUGGGGAUUGAUGAACUGAGCAAUUCACCCAACUCCCCCACUCAAUGGGAACUGGAGAGACACUAACAAGAAGGUGGGACAAAGAAUCCCUUCAUCCUGCAAAAACCAGGAAUGGCUGCUUCACAUUGAAGUGGAUCUAGGUCUUGCGUAGGGGGCGGUGCUUUGCUCGCCCUCCGUGAGCAUGGGUGUGAGACGCACCUGGUCCCCUGGGUCCUGCACUACAUUUGACUUGACACUCACUCCGCGAGCGGGCUGCCCUGUGGAGUGCCACGCUUUUCCUCACCAACUGCAGCACUUGGUGCGCAAACGGCACAGAUCGCGGCAGAGUGCCCCUUCUUUCAUUUCUAAUUUCUUCCACUCAUGUCCUGAAUCAAGAACUUGAAACUCAUGCAAGUCUUAAGUUAUGAGCGCUCAUUUUGUUUUUCGGGGGUUGUUUUUGCCUGUUCAUAAAUGAUGUUUGACUGUAAAAGUGUAAAUACAGUGAUUCUUUUAAUCAACUUGAAAAUAAAAUUUCAAAAAUC